GUGUAUCAUCCAAUAACCUCUCACUCGGGAUCUGUUGGAGGUCUCUGCAUAUAACUUGGUACAACCCGAGAGAGACAAGCUUUCAGUUGACAUUUCCGUCCUCGCACUUAUCCUAUUCGCCAGCCACCAAAACCAUAUGAAGCUCCUUACUUGCACUCCUGGACGAGCUCGGUACAUCGCUCGACUCGACAGACAUUAUCCCAAUCACGCACUGUUUGGAGGCAAAGAACAAAGUAAACAAGCCCAGAUACAAAAUACUAGUUCUUCUAUGUAUAAAAACGCGGUGGGUAUCAAAUUCCCCGAGCCCACGACGACGGCAGUGACGAUGACAACGACAAGACCGGAAUGUAAAAGACCCCCAAAUACAAAAAGCCAUCUCGCAUCCCAUCGUAUCUUCAUCACCGGGAAAGCCCAAGAGUCUCUGCAAUAUGCAACCGGGGGCCAGUAUGACGCCAUCAGCCUCCUGCCCGUGCUGCUGGGCCGAUGGGGAGAUCGCGUGCUCAGCACGCCACGCGGCGCAACACCGGCGCACACACUACCGGGUAGUGUACAAUACACUACACAACCCCGUGGUAGGGCAGACAUCUAUCAUGGGCAAUCAUAUCCCCAAAAUCAGCCGCGAAUCUCGAGUUCCCCGCCCUACCGCGGCAUCAUGCCAGUUUUCGGGCCUUGACUUCUUUUGAUUCCAUCCGGAUCAAACAAGACCAACCCAAGCCAAGUCGAUUCAUUCUCUCCUCCGCCAGCCAAAAAGCCCCUUGUUCGUUGCGUUGUAUUUUUUACCGGCCUCAAACGCCGCACCAACCGACCCAG